AUGACUAACAUGGGAAUAGCUUUUGAGAACAUCUUCAUGAUUGAGGUUUCCUGUGAAGAUAAUGAGCCUGUGUUUGAGACAUCCAAGAGUAAAUACAUUAUUGAAGACAUCUGCUAUGAGAACCUGUUAUUUCACUUGUUCAAUGUUGAGGUUUUAGAUUCUAAAUGCAUUGCUCCUCUUCAAUUUUUUUCUUUCGACCGAUUUUCCUUCAGAUUUGGCCCCAACUUUGUUAAUCUAUACCUUUUCUAUGACUGCAACAAUUCCUUCCCUAUCGAUUACACCCAACAUCCAAUUUCUUGUUUUUCCAAUGCCUCCAUUCACUCUUACGUGGUUUUGGAAACCGGAAAAGACUCCAUCAACUGUGAUGCAAUGCCUUGUCAGUCUUAUGUUGCCGCACCAGUUGAGUUGGAGGGAGGGCAGCAGAAUCAAACAUUGGAGACUAUAGACUACACAACUCUGCUGAAAAAUGGAUUUACACUAGAAAGGAGUACUGCAAUUAGUUGCGCUGAAUGCAACAGAAGCGGUGGUCGUUGUGGAUUCACCAAUGACACACUGUGUUUCUGCCCUGAUGGACCACACCGCAAACACUGCAACCACGGAACUUUCAGCCCGAUUCCUUCCACCAUACCUUCAGCCCAGAAAGGUGAGGUGCAUCACCUUUCAUGGUCCAAUCCCAUUGGUCUGCAUUGGGAUCCUCCUGAGAAACAUGAUGUGGUAUACCACUGA